AUGGCGCGCCAGUAUUGGAAAUCCAAAUCUUCCUGGGAUUCUGGAAGUUACAACCAGGCCAAGGACAUUGUGGCCACAUGUCCCCAGUGCCAGAAGCUCGGGGUGCCAACCCUGAGCUCUGGCGUCAAUCCUAGAGGCCUGGAGAGCUGUGAGUUAUGGCAGAUUGAUGUCACCCACGUUCCACAGUUCGGCAGGUUGAAAUAUGUACAUGUGAGUGUGGACACCUUUUCCGGGGCAGUCUUCGCUUCUGCCCACACAGGGGAGAAGGCCAAGGACGUACAGAAACGCCUUGUACAGGCCUUCUCUGUGUUGGGGAUCCCAAAGGAAUUGAAAUCAGACAAUGGCCCAGCAUAUGCUUCCACGGCCUUCUGGGAGUUCCUGCAGAGGUGGGGAAUCAAACAUAAGACUGGCAUCCCGUAUUCCCCCGCAGGUCAGGGCAUGGUUGAGUGUGCCCACCAAACGCUCAAACGGGUCCUGGAGCAGCAACAGGGCGAUACUCAAUUCAAUACACCUCAUACUAAAUUGCAUAAAGCCCUUUUUACCAUCAACUUUCUUAACUGCUCCUUCAAAAUGUUGAGUCCUCCCAUUGUGAGGCACUUCGCGAACUCUUCAUCACUACGGUUGAGAAAACACCCUCCCGUGACGGUGAAGAACCCGGAGACUGGUAAAACGGAGGGCCCACAUGAGUUAGUCACCUGGGGUCGUGGGUACACUUGCAUAUCCACGCCCUUUGGUUUGAGCAUCUCCCCAUCACCCCAAGUUAACCACGCAAAGGGGGGGCCUAUCCCGGAGUGGGAUCUCGAAGAUCCCCCAACUGGUGAAGACAUGGAAGCAGUUGAGGAAAAGGAGGAUGGGCUCACCUCUGGCGAGGACUUUGAAAAUGACACUUCUGUUUAA